AUGUUCUCCCGACUGGCAUCCUUUGCCAAACCCGCGGCCAAGUCCGCGUCGGCUCCUGGCCGAUCUAUGCUUCAGGUCCGAUACCUGUCUGAGCAGGCCGUUGCUGGCAGCAAGGGCAGGAAAAUGCCCUUCACUGCUACCCGAGCUACUGCUCCUGUCGCUUCCCUUCCUGCGACUCUCACUAUCCGAGAUGGUCCCGUCUUCCAGGGCAAGGCCUUCGGCGCCAACGCCAACAUCUCUGGCGAGGCUGUCUUCACCACCUCCCUGGUUGGCUACCCCGAGUCCAUGACCGACCCCUCCUACCGAGGCCAGAUCCUCGUCUUCACCCAGCCCCUCAUUGGCAACUAUGGUGUUCCCUCCAACGCCCGAGACCAGUACAACCUCCUCAAGUACUUCGAGUCCCCCCACGUCCAGUGCGCCGGUGUUGUCGUCUCCGACGUUGCUGUCAACUACAGCCACUGGACCGCCGUUGAGAGUCUGGGAGAGUGGUGCGCCCGAGAGGGUGUUCCCGCCAUCUCUGGCGUCGAUACCCGUGCCAUUGUCACCUACCUCCGAGAGCAGGGUUCCUCCCUCGCUAGGAUCUCCAUUGGUGACGAGUACGAUGCCGAUGAGGAUGAGAGCUUCAUCGACCCUGGCCAGAUCAACCUGGUCAAGCGCGUCAGCACCAAGGCUCCCUUCGUUGUCGAGUCUCCCGGUGCCUCUCUGCACGUUGCCCUCAUCGACUGCGGUGUCAAGGAGAACAUUCUCCGCAGCCUGGUCAGCCGAGGCGCCUCCGUCACCGUCUUCCCCUACGACUACCCCAUCCACAAGGUCGCUCAGCACUUUGACGGUGUCUUCAUCUCGAACGGUCCCGGUGACCCUACUCACUGCCAGGACACUGUCUACAACCUCGCUCGCCUCAUGGAGACCUCGUCCAUCCCCAUCAUGGGUAUUUGCCUGGGCCACCAGCUUCUGGCCCUCGCCGUCGGUGCCCGCACCAUCAAGCUCAAGUACGGCAACCGUGCUCACAACAUCCCCGCCCUUGACUUGACCACAGGCCAGUGCCACAUCACCAGCCAGAACCACGGUUACGCCAUUGACGCCAGCACUCUUCCCAGCGAGUUCAAGGAGUACUUUGUCAACCUUAACGAUGGUAGCAACGAGGGUAUGAUGCACAAGACCCGCCCCAUCUUCUCCACCCAGUUCCACCCCGAGGCCAAGGGCGGUCCCAUGGACAGCUCCUACCUCUUCGACAAGUACCUCCAGAACGUCCAGCUCGCCAAGAGCAACCAGACCGUCUACAAGGACAACCGACCCAGCCCCCUCAUGCUCGACAUUCUCAGCCGACAGCGUGUUGGCGUCGAGCCCACUCCCCUUGCCGCUUCGGCUUAG